UAUCACAACCGUUCUGCUGGUCAAACUGUGUAGAUCGUGCAAAGUUUUGUGCUUUUGGGAAUGACUAUCCUCAAUAGUUUAACAUUUUUUACUCUUUUACUGAAAUUUUGUCUCCAGUGAAUAAAAAAAAAAAGAUGUAAAAUCGUACGCCAAUUUUUCUUCACGAUCAUUUAAUCCUGUACCUAAAUUCGCAAUAUGUAUUUUUUGCUGAGUAUAUUCGAGUUUAUAUGAAACAAGUUCUUUGGAAUUCCUUUUACGUGUUUGGUGAAUUUUAUAAGACGUCUCUUUUUAAAACGGGCUAUUUAAAAUCAGUGAUCUUGUCGGGACUAUUCAGUCAUUCUGGUAAAAUUGACGGGACAACAAGUGAAUUAUAAAGUGAAGAAAAUACAAAAUAAGAAAAAAACAUAGUUAAUGCGUGAAAUUGCAAAAUAUUGACAAAAAUUGUCAAAAAUCUUAAUAAAACAAGAUGUUUAUUCGAUUUGGUCUAUCUUCGCAUCAAAGGCAAUAUUUGGUUGGAUUUAUUGCUAACUUCUCAACACUGAUGUAUGGCAUUUCUGUGGGAUGGGUCUCACCAACAAUUCCUCUGCUUAUGUCAGAGGAAGACACUCCCCUUCCAAUUGGGGCUAUAAGCAAAAGACAGGCUUCCCUUAUUAGUGCCCUACUCUACAUUUCCGGUUUGUUAGGAUCUCUUCUAUUUGGAUGGUUAGCUGAUCGUUUAGGCAGAAAAUGGUCUCUUUUCCUUGGAACAAUUCCCCAUGUAAUAGCCUAUCUACUCAUCAUUUUUGCUGCUGAUAUCUACUACCUUUACAUCUCCCGAUGCCUCAGUGGUUUAGGCUGUGGCGCCUUAUUUGUCGCAUUGCCAAUUUAUGUGUCAGAAGUGUCUGAGGACAAGAUUCGGGGAGGUAUGGGAGCUAUUUUCUGCAAUAUGGUAUCAGUAGGAAUUGUUGUAGGACGGGCUUUUGGCAGUUACUUGGACUUUUAUGUUGUGCCGUAUGGUGUUCUUGGUAUCUUAGCCAUCUUCAUUGUCACCUUUCCCCUCUUCCCUGAGACACCACAGUAUUUGCUCCUAAAGCAACGUCCUGAAGCUGCAGAGAAAUCCUUGAGAUUUUUGAGAGGUGUCACAAGAGAUCUCAGUGUUCCAUUGCCUCAAGCGGUUAAGGAUGAAUUUGAGGCUCUUAAGAACUCGCCAACGCUUCAUAAUCAGAAUAAUAGAAUUAAAUUAGAGGAUUUAAAACCAAAGACCACCCGAAGGGCAAUUCUAAUAAGUCUAGUCCUCAUCUCGGGCAGAAGUUUAUGCGGUGUCCUGCCUUUAGACAACUACACCGCUAGUGUUUUGAUGGAGGCUGGAUCUCAUGCUUGGAGUCCAAAUCUCUCAGCUCUCAUUGUGGGGGUAUUUGAGUUGAUUGGAAGUAACCUGGCCAUUAUCUGUGUUGACCGUGCUGGUCGACGAAUGAACCUUUUGGUGUCUAGUGGAGGCGCUGCAGUUUCUAUUGCCAUAUUGGGAGGUGUUUUCUUUGCCAAGACUUUCUUUGGGGUAGAAUCUGCAGCCAAUAGUUGGUUAGCUGUUGUAUCUCUGUCGGCUUUUAUGACUCUGGCUGCCAUUGGAGUUGUAGCAAUACCCUUCAGUGUAUCAGCGGAAGUUCUACCGCCAAAACUUAGAAGUCCUGUAUCUACAACUUUCAUGCUCCUCUAUUGGGCCAUGACUUUCGUGAUUGUGGAUUUUUUCCUGAUAUUUGGUGAAUACAAUGGAAUGUACACACCACUUUGGCUUUGCGGUACAUGGUGCACCUUUGAGCUGAUCUUUGUGUACUUUUACCUGCCAGAAACCAAAGGAAAGAGCUUCGAUCAAGUCGAAAUGGAGCUGCAGGGCAAGAAGAAGAAAGCUGUCUCACCUUCAUAAGAGUUUCCUAUGGAAAUUCCAACCACUUAAUUUACAAUUUUAAUUGUUAUUUGUAUAUUAAUAUUUUUAGUAUUAUAUGAUAAAAAUAUUAUAAUUCGAAUAUAUGUAAUAUUUUAUUAAACGUAAUAUUUUAUAUUAUCUUUUACCUCUGUUUAUCACAAUUACAAAUACAGAACGUAUUUGUGCGAAUUGUAGACUAAAACGUUCAUUUUGACCCUUUUGUGAUCCAUUCAGGAAAUAAAAUAUGAUACACCUUUGUAA